AUGCUCCCCCUCGCUGCCCUCCUUACCGUUUCCGCGCUCGUCUCGGUCUCGGCCGCUCCCACUCUUGGCCACGGUAUCCUCUCGCCCCGCGGAAACCUCGAUGACAGCACCGCGGCGGCCGUCACCAAGCGCAACGGCUGGGACAAUGGGUGGUACAACACGUUCGUCAAGGAAGGUCUCGACUGCUAUUCCUCGCCUACGUACGACAGCGACAAGAUCAGCUACUACAAGCCUGGCAGCUCGGUCGCGAUCGGCUGCCAGACCCAUGGGGAGGAGGUCAAUGGCAACGAUGUGUGGGAUUUCACGAUCCGGGACUGCUUCGUUCCCAACGAUAAGCUCAAGGUGGACAGUGUCUGGAUCCCCGGUAUGGAGGACUGCGCUGCUGCUGCCAAGUAG